AUGAUUAAGUCAAAUGAAACCACAAUGAGUGAAUUCUUCCUCUUGGGAUUUUCUGCCAAUCGUGAGCUGCAAAUCUUCCAUGCUUUCCUGUUCUUGGUCAUGUAUCUUUUGGCCUUGGUAAAUAACUUCGUCAUUAUCACCAUCACAAUGGUGGACCCACAUCUCCAAACUCCAGUGUAUUACUUCUUAAAGCACUUUUCCCUUCUGGACCUCGCUUUUAUUUCUGUCACAAUCCCCCAGACUAUUGACAAUUCACUGAGAGACAAUAGCUACAUUUCAUAUGGCCAGUGCAUCCUGCAGGUUUUCUUCUUCACAUCUUUGGCAUCAGCUGAACUGGCCAUACUCACAGUGAUGUCUUAUGACCGCUAUGUAGCCAUUUGCCUCCCACUCCACUAUGAGCUCAUCAUGGAUCCCAGAAACUGUAAGUUGGCUGUGACAGCUGUGUGGCUAAGUGGAGGCAUCACUGGAAUCCUGUACACAACAGCAACAUUUUCUAUCACAUUCUGUAAAGCCAAAAUAAUCCACCAGUUCUUCUGUGAUGUCCCCCAAUUGGUCAAGCUUUCCUGCUCCAGUGAUUACAUGGGAGUAAUUGGAGUGGCUGCUUUCCUCUCUGUGGUUGCCUUUGCCUGCUUCAUCUCCAUUGCCCUCUCCUAUAUCCACAUAUUCUCCACAGUGCUAAGAAUACCCUCUGCUGAAGGUCGGUCUAAGGUCUUCUCCACCUGACUGCCCCACCUUGCUGUUGUUUCAUUUUUAAUCUCCACAGGAGCAUGUGCAUAUCUGAAACCAACUUCAGACUCUCCAUAUGCUUUGGACCUUAUGCUGUCUAUCUUUUACACAGUGAUACCCCCAACUCUCAACCCUGUUAUCUACAGCCUGAGGAAUGAGGCAAUGAAGGAAGCUUUAGGGAGGCUUCUGUUGGCUGGAGAAUUCACUGAAAAAAAAACGUUUUUACUGUUGCAUUAG